CAUCAGAAUUCGGACGUAUAGUGACGUCACGCACUCUUAGCGCUCCAGUUCACAAUUUACAGCAUCAAGAUGGACGCCUCAUAGAAUUCUUUCCCUCCUAGUUCUCUAGACAUAGACAAUAUACAAAACAAAUACCAAGUCCACGGAGAAAACACUGCUGAACAGGAAAAUCAGCCUCGAAGGAUAAAUGGGGCGCCGUAAAUCCAAAAGAAAGCCUCCCCCUAAGAAAAAAAUGACGGGCAACUUAGACACCCAAUUCACGUGCCCGUUUUGUAACCACGAGAAGUCAUGUGACGUGAAAAUGGAACGAACACGAAACACAGGAAUCAUAUCCUGCAGCGUUUGCUUGGAGGAGUUCCAGACGCCUAUAACAUAUUUGUCAGAGCCAGUGGAUGUGUACAGUGACUGGAUAGAUGCCUGCGAAGCAGCCAAUCACUGAUCAGGACAGUUGGUUUUAAAAUACGUAAUGCAUACUGUUAUUUUACCGUACCUCAGUCGGGAUAAUGAGCACUUAAGAGUUUGCGACACGAAUUCCACCCCAGCAUCCUUGUCACGACAUCAUUAUGCAGCAUUUAUUGAUUGGUUGAUCAAAAUGUUAAGACCAGUUGAAUAAUUGCAAGAAUUUACAUUUUGCUUCUAAAAGAAAAAAAUAGAGUGAGACCAAAAUUACUUGUUUUUAAUUUGUUUUAAUUUGUUUUUAAAUUACUGUUCAAAAACAAAGUGGUUAGCACACAGGCCUCACAGCUAGGAGACCCGAGUUCAAUUCCAUCCUCGGCCAUCUCUGCUCGGUGCAACAUGCUAGGUUAAUUGCUGUCUCCAAAUUGUCCAUAGGUAUGAAUGUGAGUGUGAAUGGUUGUUUGUCUAUAUGUGCCCUGUGAUUGGCUGGCCACCAGUCCAGGGUGUCUCGUCCGAAGACAGCUGGGAUAGGCUCCAGCACCUCCCGCGACCCUCGUGAGGAAUAAGCGGUAGAAAAUGAAUGAAUGUUCAAAAACAGGCUGUACGGUGGAAAAAGUGGUUAGCACACAGGCUUCACAGCUAGGAGACCCGAGUUCAAUUCCACCCUCGGCCAUCUCUGCUAGGUGCAACAUGCUAGGUUAAUUGGCGACUCCAAAUUGUCCAUAGGUAUGAAUGUGAGUGUGAAUGGUUGUUUGUCUAUAUGUGCCCUGUGAUUGGCUGGCGACCAGUCCAGGGUGUCUCGCCCGAAGACAGCUGGGACGGGCUCCAGCGACCCUCAAGAGGAUAAUCGAUAGAAAAUGAAUGAAUGUUCUCAUUUCCAUUUUGAUCAGCGGAACAGGCAUGCUUGUAUAAAAAAAAGGAUAUCUCCAUAUAGCUAGCUGCCGUUUGACGCCCCUGGAUAACCUGAAACUUCAUUGUUCCAAGGAAGUAAGGAAAAAGAACCUAUCCACUGUGCCGUGUGGACAACAUCUCAGCUGGCAUCUUCUUCAGCUCUCGUGCAAAUAAUUCCAAACAGGCUAUUUUGUGGCGUUGUAGAAGACGCUGCCUUUGAAGAUGUUUUGUUCUUCUUAAAAUCCCAGUUUGAUUGGCGGGUCUAAAACUUGACUUUUUUUUGUUCCAUAACCCUCAGGAUCUUUAACGAUGUUUCUUACUGCAUCCAAUGUUGCAUGUUGCAUUCAGAUCCAACAGUGCAAAAUGUAAGUUCUUGCAAUUUUUGUCUCUGUAUGUACAUGUACUGUAUAUAUACUAUGGAUAGAUAUUAGUUUCUCUGCAGAAAACACCUCAUUCACCAAAAAUAUUUUAUAAAUACACAAUACAGGUAAAAUGUACAGUAUACAUGUACCACUGGUAGAAAGGCCACCGUUUUUACAUGUUUGUUUUGAAGCUUGACUUCACUGAACGCACCAUAGUUGUGUGCUGGCACUGUUAUUCUGUUAUAUCAUUCACGAGUGGCAAGUAUCUGUACAUUUUAUACAAAUGAGGCAUGAUUGUGUGUCAUAAAUAAGACACUUUUAUGGGCGUCUCAAUUACUCCAAUUUUUGUAAUUUGUUGGGAUGUAAUGUAUUAUACAUUGUGAUGAUUUCAACCUUGCAUUAGUACAAUCGUGUUGAUUUUAAGUAUUUUAACAUCCUACCGUUUGUGGCAAAUGAAAGGGAACAAAAACACUAAUUUAAUUUCACGACAGUAACUCAGUUGUAUUUUUAAGUGUUUUUAUUGCACAAAUGUCAUGUUUAGUGAAAGCCGUUAUAGAAAAAGAAAGAACUUAAGUACAUUGUCGAAACACAGCCAACUCUUGAAAAGUGAAAUGUUACUGUUAAAAGUAUUGCCAUUGUAGAUAUCACAGAUCAGUAAAUGUGCUGUAAAAACUGCUUUUCUUCAAUUAAAAGACUGUUAAAAGAUU